AAAUAGCAUAACAGGCAUUCGACCAACCUGGAGGAAUUCAAAUACGGGCUGGUCGCAGUAAAGUAUUCGGUUCAAGGUCAUUGGGACGAAACAGCGGGUGAUUCUGAGAGUGUUUUGCUUUUUUAUCGUGACUCUCCGAACAUUACGGAUCACUUAUAAUGUUUCCAUCUAGGUUCAAAAGGCUGUGCACCUCUUUUACUUCGUAUCAAGAUAUUCCAGCAAUUCUUCUACUAAUACUACUAUAUAUUUUUCAGGGCAUUUCUAUCGGCAUUUCUGCUUCGAUUCCAUUUCUUCUUCAAUCAAAUUACCGUAUGGGUGGCUAUAAUUUACAAGCAACAUUUUCAAUAUCAGCUUGGCCUUUUUCUAUGAAACUUCUCUGGGCUCCAAUAGUUGAUUCAAUUUACGUCAAUUUUAUUGGAAGACGGAAAACGUGGCUCAUAAUAACUCAGUAUACAAUUGGGAUUGAGUUACUUGUGCUAGCAAGUUGUAUCGAUGAUUGGUUUGGACGAGACCCCAACAAAGCGUGGAGUCAGUUAGGAUCACAUCAUCCAGUGGAUAUAAUACGCUUAACUAUAACAUUUUUCGUACUUACAUUUCUGACAGCUACACAAGAUAUUGCGGUUGAUGGCUGGGCCUUGACAAUGCUAUCGAAGAAGAAUGUUGGUUGGGCUUCUACUUGUAAUAAAGUUGGACAGAGCCUUGGUCAUGCGUUAGCAUUUAUUCCUUUAGUUUGCUUAGAGUCUCCUGAUAUUCCUAACAAAUAUCUUAGACGAACACCUAUAGAAGACAAAGGAUUAAUAACAUUUUCCGGUUUUCUCUAUGUAUGGGGUUUUUGUUUCAUAAUAUUUAACACAGUUUUGGUAAUAUUUAAACAUGAAAAAGGCUCAACAUUGGAUGGGACUAUACGCCACUUCGUAAAAAGUUGUUUAUUCAGUAAAUCGAAAUGCUCGACACACUCAUUGAACAUUGAACAGACGGCAAAUAAAAAUGAACAAACAGACGGAAGUGAAAAAGUCUCAUUACUUAAUACAUAUAAGACUAUUAUUGGUGUUAUUCAACUGAAGCCUGUCGCGUUGUAUUUGAUAAUGAUAAUUUCAGCAAAGGUAUGUGCUUUUGGUACAUAUUCAGCUACAAAUUUGAAGCUAAUCGAACAGGGCCUCGCUAAAGAGAAACUGGCAUUAUUAAACUUUGGAUUUUUGCCAAUAGAAUUUAUUUUACCCUUGUUAUUUGUGCGUUUUACUACUGGACCAAAACCAUUGACUACGGGUCUAUUGGUAUUUUUACCAAGGUUACUGUCAAAUUGUUUAUUUAUUCCAAUUAUCCAUUUCAUACCGGAUUUUCGAAUGAUUUCAAAUGAUACCUUAAUGAUGAAUAAUCCGAAUAUGACAACACUAAAUAAUUACACAGCUAAUAAUAAUAAUCAUACAUUAAUUUUAAUGAAAGAUAAACCAACUUAUUCAUUUCCAUGGAUAUUUUAUGCAAUAUUAAUAAGUGGCUUCCUUUUUGAUAGAAUUACAGCAAUAAUUAUAUUCGUGCAAUUUCAAGCGUUUAAUGCCAAAAUAAGUGAUCCAGUUAUUGGAGGAACCUAUAUGACAUUAUUGAAUACUGUAUCAAAUCUUGAAAUGUAUUAAUGCAACAGAAUCAUGCAUUAAUGUAUUCGAUGGAUACUAUACUGAAUUGAUAGUUCUUUUCGUCAUUGGUUUAAUAUUAUUUGUAUGGUUCUUUUAUCCAACAGCAAAAUCUUUGCAAAGUUUACCAAUAACAAAAUUUUCUUACAAUCCAACUACUGAUCAAAACUGUUGUUUUAAUUGUUGUAAAACGGAAAAUCACUCAUUAACUAUAACUGAUUAUUUUGAAAGUAUGGAAAACAACACUGAUAUGACUACUACUACUACUACUACUACUACUACUACUACUACUACUACUACUACUACUA